UCUGGCGCUGUCGGCCGGUGCCUGCCGCGGGGAGCCUGCCGGCCUCAGCAUGUCGUCGACGCGCCCGCUGCUGCUGGCGUCCGCCCUGCUGCUGGCCUCGCUCCGUACGGCGUUGGCACUGCAGAGUCCGCCGCUCAUCACCAAGCAGCCGCCGCCCACCGAGCAGCUGUUCCAGGUGGCGGAGCGCAAGGACGAGAACGACCGGCCCUUCAUCAUUGAGUGCGAGGCCAAGGGAGAGCCCAUUCCCAAAUACUUCUGGUUCAAGAACGGCAAGCCGUUCCAGUGGGCGGUGUACGACACUCGCAUCUCCCAGCAGCCGGACCGUGGCACCCUGGUCAUCACGUCACCGAAGGCGGAGGAUAUUGGCUCGUACCAAUGUCAGGCGACCAACACACACGGCACGGCCACCUCCAACUCGGUGUUCGUGCGCAAGUCCGACCUGAACUCGUUCAAGGACCAGCCGCCCAUCACCAUGACGGCCAACGAGGGCGAGCCGCUGGAGCUCAAGUGCAACCCGCCGGAGGGCUACCCCAACCCCACCGUCCACUGGAUGAUACAGGGCGACGGUGGCUCCCUCUCCAGCAUCAACUCAACCCGCCAGACGGUCGGCCCCUUCGGUAACCUCUACUUCAGCAACGUCACCCUGGAAGACGCCAGCAACGGCUUUGUGUACGCCUGCUCGGCCACCUCCCCUUUCCGGAAUGAAUACAAGGUCGGCAACCGAGUGGAGCUGUCGGUGAUCCGCACGGGCAGCGUCAGCUCCAAGAACAAGCGGGAGCCGAUGAAGCAGUACCAGUCGCCCAAGAACAUCGUAGCGCUGCGCGGCAGCAAAGUGGAGAUCUGGUGCAUUUACAGCGGCACGCCGCUACCAACCACCCAGUGGCAGCGAUCCAACGGCGUGCUCGAUCUCAGCGAUGGUCGCGUCAAGUUGAGCAACUUCGGCAAGUCCCUGUUGAUCACGGAGGCCCUGUUUGAAGAUGAGGGAGAGUACGAGUGCACUUCGAGCAACGGCGUCGGCACGGCGAAGACGAGUUCGUUUAACCUCAAACUCGAGUCCGUGCCGUACUUCACCAAGGAGCCGGAGGUGCGCAACGCGGCCGAGGGCGAGACGGUCGUGUUCGAGUGCGCCGCCGACGCCGUGCCCAAGCCCGAUCUCUACUGGAUCUACAACGGCAUGCCGCUGGACAAGGCGCCUCCCAACCCGCGCCGCACCGUCACGCCGAACAAGAUCACCAUCACCAACCUGCAGAAGUCGGACACGGCCAACUACGGCUGCAACGCCACCAACAACAACGGCUACGUCUACAAGGACGUGUACGUGAACGUGCUGGAGCUGCCGCCGGAGAUCCAGGAGAAGCCGCAGGACGUGGCUGCAGUGGUCGGCACGGACGUCAAGAUGGUCUGCAAGGUGUUCGGCGCGCCGCACCCGGAGGUCAAGUGGCUGAGCGUCGGCGACAACAGGCAGGAGCUGACCGGCGGGCGCUACCAGAUCGGCGACGACGGCACCAUGACCAUCAAGAGCGUGACUUUCCCCGACGCCGGAACUUACAUGUGCCUGGCCACCAGCAAGCUGGGCGAGGACUCAGCCAACGGCACCCUGGUCGUGAAAGAGCGGACGCGCAUCACGCAGGGCCCCGAGGACUACCAAGUGGUGGCCGGCAACUCUGCCACCUUCCGCUGCACGGCCGCCGUCGACUCGACGCUUGACGUCAGUAUCGGCUGGCUGGCCGACGGCGUGCCCAUCAACUUCGACAUCGAGCCCAGGUUCAUCCAGACGUCGGACAACUCGCUGACCAUCACCAAGACGACCGAGCUCGACUCCAAGGUGUACACGUGCGUGGCGUCCACCGAGCUGGACGAGGCGCGGGACGACGCCACGCUCAAGGUGGAGGACGUGCCUAACGCGCCGACGCUGAAGACCGUCGCUUGCAGGGAGCAGGUGGCCGAAGUGGGGUGGCAGCCGAACGGCGACAACCGCGCACCGAUCCUGGGCUUCACCAUCCAGUACAACACCAGCUUCGCGCCUGACACCUGGGAAGAGGCGGCCAACUCGCCAGCCUCGAGCAGCAGCUACACGGUCAGCAUCAGCCCCUGGGCCAACUACACGUUCCGCGUGAUCGCGAAGAACCGCGUGGGCCCGUCGCUGCCGUCCGGCCACUCGGAGGUGUGCACCACGCCCAAGGCGCUGCCCGAGAAGAAUCCCAAGAACGUGGAGGGCCGCGGCACGAAGCCGGACAACUUGGUCAUCCGCUGGACGCCAAUGUCGAAGAUCGACCACAACGCGCCCAAGUUCCGCUACCUCGUCCGCUGGAAGCGCAACGAGUCGAACGCCGAGUGGAACCAGAAGGUGAUCAUGGACUGGCGGCGCGGCCAUCUGGUGAUCCCCAACCAGCCCACCUAUGUGCCGUACAAGAUCCGCGUGGACGCGCUGAACGAGCUGGGCGAGAGCGUGGUCGAGUCGGCCGAGGUGAUCGGCUACUCGGGCGAGGACGUGCCCACGGCGCCGCCUACCAACUUCCGGCUGGAGAAGAUCUACGACGGCAAGCGCGCGCUCUUCUCGUGGAGCCCCGUGGACAACUCGACCAUCCGCGGGGAGUUCCUCGGGUACAAGAUCCAAACCUGGACCGAGAAGGAGGGCACCGACAAGAAGCGCGAGAUGUCGUUCGGGCCAGACGUAACCCAGGGGCUCGUCACCAAGUUCAAGCCGCACGCGCGCAACAAGGUGCAGAUUCUGUCCUUCAACCGGAUGUACGAGGGACCGCCGAGUGAAGUGUUGACCUUCGACACGCCGCAGGGCCGGCCGAGUGCCGUCGAUUCGCUCGAGGCCGUCCCGAUGGGUUCGUCCGCCUUUUUCCUGAUCUGGAAGAAGCCGCGCGAAACCAACGGCGUGCUGACGGGCUACAAGGUGGAGUACCAGAAGAUGAACGGCCUGAGCCUGGGUCCGGUGCUGGACCGCACGCCGCAGAUCACCAACCCGCGCACCACGCGCACCAAGCUGGCCGGCCUCAAGCCGUCGACCAAGUACCGCAUCACAGUGCGCGCGCUGACGGAAGCCGGCGAGGGACCGCCGUACUACAUCGAGCGGACCACGAAGAGCCCUCAGACGCAGCAGCCGGACCGGCCCAGCCUGCUCUGGGCGCACGUGCGCGGCGAGGAAGGCUCCGAGAACAACCUCAAGAUCACCUGGCUGCCCAACACGGAGGGUCGGCCGGGCUCACACUUCUUCGUGCAGUACAGGCGGGCCGGCGAGGCGUCCUGGAUGUCGUCUCCGAUCGAGUACUACGACGACAGCAUUCUUCUCCGCGGUCUUGACCCGGCUCAGGUGUACGAGAUUCGCACUGUCUCGGUCGACGGCCUUUUCAAUGCCUACUCGGACGUGGAGGAGGUGGAGACGUACGCGCCGGACGGGCCGUACAUCCAGGCCACGCAGUCGGUGCACACGUCCGGCUGGUUCAUCGCCAUGAUGCUGGCCGUGGCGCUGCUGCUGCUGAUCCUGGUGCUGGUCUGCAUCGUCCGUCGCAACCGCGGCGGCAAGUACGACGUGCAGGACCGCGAGAACGCCCACGGUCGCGGCGACCUGUACCCGGAGGACGGCUUCCAGGAGUACCAGCAGCCGCUGGAUGCCAAGCUGCCGCCGGGCAGCCGCGGCAGUCUCGGCUCGGACGUCAAGCACCCGCACGAGAGCGACACGGACUCGAUGGCCGAGUACGGCGACGACCCGGCCGGCCGCUUCACCGAGGACGGCUCGUUCAUCGGCCAGUACGGCGCGCAGAAGCGCAAGGGCUCGCCGCCGACCGGCGCCGCCUACGUGUAGCGGCCGGCGCGCGCGCGCGCGAGCGGACUCUAACCGCGGGCGUGGCGGCGCCCGCUGCCGGGGCAGGAUCGGACGGAGGCGGCGGCAGCUGCGGCCCCGCCGGACUAUCGGGAGGCCCCGGGACGGACUCGGCCGGCCCCGACGCCGGAGCAGGGCAUGGUCUGAAGGGCGGCCGGGCCGGGCUGAGCCGAGUGCAGACACGAAUCCAGAACAUUCCUGCGCUAAUCUAGAGGCUUGCGCGCCAUGUGGCUAUGUUCUCGCCAGCCUCGUGCCGCCGCGCGGCUGCCUGCGUCGGCGCCACACCGCAUCCCUUCAGGCGGCGGCCUCGUGGGUGCACCCGCUUGUCGGACGGGGCGACGUGUCCGCCUCGUCCGCCGGCGCACGCUUCGACUCACGCCGCCGCGGCGAGCCCGAUCGCUGGGCUGUUCCCGACUGCCAGGCGCGGCACCUCUGGCUCGCCAGCCAGUUGAAUCUCACGUUACUCGGAGGAUGUGGACGAGAUUACUGCACGAGAUCUGAUGGGAUCUGAGCGCGUCUGCUUGUGUUGCGCGCGGUCAUUAUCAUAUGGACUUGUUCGAAACGUACGCGGUGUCGAGGGAUUUUGUUUAAGCGGUUUAUGCAGUCGGUUGUGUCGGAAAGCCACAUUUUAGUACCAUGCUGUCUGUGAGUGUUCCUUUUUUAGCUAUAGAAUUGUUUGUGUUCUCUCGCACUUGCGUGACUUAUCAAUUUGCAUCUGGUGUGAGGUAUUGGCAUAAUUCAGUGAAUGGGCGUACUGAUGGAUCUGUAUUUGGUGAGUUCGGCGUGUGGCAGAUGACUAGGAUAUGAAAACGACUUGGGCCCACAGCACAGCUUACGGCUUCUGCUGCAGCACACGGACGACGCCCGCACUCGCAUACUGCUCCGUUACUCCUGCACAACUGUGCUCCCGUAGAGUUCGCUAGGAAUGGCUUCUGUCAGAAGCUGAGCUGACGAUAGAUGUAUUUUGGUGUGAAAUAAAUACAGCGACCACCUAUCGUCGA